AUGGCAGAAAUCAACGCCUCUCGGCGAAUUCUUAAGCCCAAUGGCAAUGGAGAACCUGCAAGUUCUACUGGGUCGAUCAAGGAUGCUGUUAAAUUACUCCGACAGCAGGCGGCCCCUGCCAAAUCGCCCACGCCCCCAGUUCAAGCUCAUCCUGAACCUGAAAAACUAAAAGUCGUUAUACGUCUGCUUCCUCCUGAAAUCAAAGAAAAGGCGGUGCUAGAUUUGCUCUCUCCUUGGGUUAAUAUUAAUACUUGCAAUUACAUAUACUUUAGCGAGGGUCACGUUAGCAAAAAGGGCACCAAGGAUCCUCUCCCUUCCACAGCGUAUGCAGGGUUUAAAAAUGCGGGCUUAUUAAAAACAUUUAUUAGAGAAUUUCGUACUCUGGAUAUUCAAGGUAAAUUACCGGAACUGGGCCCUAAUGUUGCUAUUGAGUACGCGCCUUAUCAGAAAGGCUUGAGGCCAUCCAAACCAGAUCCACUUGCGGGGACUCUUGAAGAUGAUCCGGUCUACAAAUCAUUUGUACAGCGACUGUCUGAUCCAACAGUUGUUCAAGUUCCUCUAAUUGCAGAAGAAGAGCGUUCUAAGAAUGAAUCAAAAAAUAAGGGGAAGAAUAAAGCAGUAGCCAAACCUUCUCCAGGUUCGCUUCCAAAGUCUGCGGACAAGAAUAAGAAACGAGGAGAAAAUUCUCAGAGCGUUGAAAACAGUCGGGAGGCAGUUAAAUCUAAAACUAAUUCUCUAACUCCUACUGAAUUAGCAGCCCAGCUGACAUCUGUGCCGUCAGCCGGACCCCAGUCGUCGAAGAAAUCCUCUAGUGCUAAGGCUUCAACACAACCUAUUGGAGAAAUUGCUAAUUCUGGUGAAAAGGGUAGUAAAGGAUCAGGUGCAUCUAGUGAAUCCAAAUCUAAACGUGGCAAAGCCAAGGGCCCAAAGAAUGUCCUAACGCAAAAUACUGCUGCUAAGGAGGAGACAGGCAUCCCCACAGGUCCCAAAUCUCAAGCAACAAAGAAAAAGGGUAAGGCGAAAGUCGUCAAUGGUGACAGCGCACCCAAGGAGACAAGUUCACAAAACAAAAAUGCUUCCUCUGAUAACGUGGCACCUGCAGUUCCCACAGAUCCUAAACAGAAAAGCGUUCGUAAACCUGCAAAGUCCAAAAAGCAUUCUAAUGCAGAAAAUGUCAGUCCAGGACCAGCUGAACCAAGCUCAUCAGCAAAUGCUACUGGUGACAGCACUUCAACAACAAAACCCAAGAAAGCCCACCCGCCAAGAAGGCCGGCCAAAUCAAAGCCAGCUGCUGACGGCGAAAGUCCUAAAGCUCGUCCUCCACCUCGCAAAAGAGAUCAAAACUCACCAAAGCCCCAACCUCAAUCUCAACCACAACCGUAA